AUGGACUUCCGCUUCCUUGAUCUACCCGCCGACAUCAGACUCAUGGUUUACGGGUUCCUACCGACAUGUCUUACGCACAACGAGAUCACCAUCGAGACGGACAAUGAGAGCGGACUUCCUAAGAUGAAAACCACGAAAGUUAAGCUCGUUAACAUUUGGUAUCCCACCACUGUACGCCUUAUUUCCAAGAUCAUCCGAGAAGAAGCUACACCAAUCAUUGCGCGCACUGCGGCGAAGCGAAAUAGCGUAUUAGUAGCCGACGGCUUUUCCAAGGUGUCGCGAUCGGGCCCUAAACUCAUUGUCCUAUGUGGUAAAUUUGGUUACUUUGUCGAGCACUUUGACCUUGAGUACGGAGAAUGGAUCGAAGCUUGGGUUCCGCAAGACUGCGUUUAG